GCACAGACAAAGUGGACGACGAGUCUUUGUUCAUCGAAACUAAAGAUUCAGAGCUGGAAGAGUCCUCUGGAACUCAGCAGGAAGAUGGCUGUCCUGCGCUGGGUGGUUCUGGUUCUGGCCUUCUUCCUGUCUCCUCAAAGCAGUUUAGCUGCAGUAGAAGAGAACUGGCUAAAAGAUAUUGUACUGCACAUCAGGAAUGAGUAUGAACUGGGUGACACCUACAGUCUGGCUGUGAAUGUCCCUGUGAACCAAGACCCAGACAGUCUUACAGAAGUUCUCCAGGAUGACCCAGCAGAUUCAGUGAAACAAGCUCUGUCGCUUGGUCAAGUGUACCAAGGCACCAGGAUUGUUGCAGCAGCCCAGUCCGACGCACUGGCUCGUGUUCUAGAGAAAAUGCAGCCCCUCAUAAAAAGCAGUGAGGGCAAUGUCCUCAUAGUCUACUCUGAAGGGUACCCGAAGGCAAAUGGCAUCGCAAGCAAGAUCACUAGCAUUAUUCAAAACUGGAGAAAUUAUGCUUUUGUGUUUUCUAAGGUGGCUGAUGUUGCUGAUGCUGAAGAGUUCAAGCAGCAAGAGCUUUCAAAGUUUGGGCUUGAAAACAUAUUCCGUUGUUAUGAGCCAGAUGAUUCUUUUCGGUGCACAAGCUGCAGAGCAGGUAGUGGUGUUGCACCGUCCUGUGUUGCAGACACGGUGCAAUCAAAUGACGAGCAAGAGGCAGGUACAGAAAUAGGGUCACCUGCCACGGAUUCAGGCACUGAUGAAGGCUAUGAUUCGGGUCCAAAUAACUGGCUUGGCCCCUCUCUGGCCAUAAGCAGCAACCAAGAUAUUGAUGAAAACCCUAAUGUAGCUGAAGGAAUGGCUGAUAUCAUGGGGGGACGGAGAGCGAGAAAGGGCAGGAACAGGCAAAAGGGAAAGAAAGGCGAAAUGCUAAAAGGAGAAGGUGAACAAGGGAAACUAGGGCAAGGUGGUAAGGUGAAAGAAGGAGGUAAACGUGGGAGAGGCGGCAGGGUGAGGAAAGGAGGCAGAAGAGGGAGAGGCGGCAGGGUGAGGAAAGGUGGCAGACGUGGGAGAGGAGGCAGGGUGAGGAAAGGAGGCAGACGUAGGAGAGGAGGCAGGGUGAGGAAAGGAGGCAGAAGCAGGAGAGGAGGCAGGGUGAGGAAAGGAGGCAGAAGAGGGAGAGGAGGCAGGGUGAGGAAAGGAGGCAGAAGCAGGAGAGGAGGCAGGGUGAGGAAAGGAGGCAGAAGAGGGAGAGGAGGCAGGGUGAGGAAAGGAGGCAGAAGCAGGAGAGGAGGCAGGGUGAGGAAAGGAGGCAGAAGAGGGAGAGGCGGCAGGGUGAGGAAAGGAGGCAGAAGAGGGAGAGGCGGCAGGGUGAGGAGAGGAGGCAGAAGCAGGAGAGGAGGCAGGAUGAGGAGAGGAGGAAGACGUAGGAGAGGCGGCAGGGUGAGGAGAGGAGGCAGAAGCAGGAGAGGAGGCAGGAUGAGGAGAGGAGGAAGACGUAGGAGAAGCAGGAGAUGGGGGUAG